AUGGACCCCGGUGAAGCCGCCAUUUUGGAGUCUUCCCUAAGGAGCUUCUACCGGCUUUUCGCGCUGCUGCCGCCGCUACCCGCGGCCUUGCCGGGCAGGAUGAAUGUGAUAGACCACGUGCGAGACAUGGCGGCCGCGGGGCUGCACUCUAACGUGCGGCUCCUCAGCAGCCUGUUACUUACAAUGAGUAAUAACAACCCUGAGUUAUUCUCUCCAUCUCAGAAGUACCAGCUUUUGGUGUAUCAUGCAGAUUCUCUCUUUCAUGAUAAAGAAUAUCGGAAUGCUGUGAGUAAGUAUACCAUGGCGUUACAGCAGAAGAAAGCCCUAAGUAAAACUUCAAAAGUGAGACCUUCAACUGGUAAUUCUGCAUCUACUCCACAAAGUCAGUGUCUUCCAUCUGAAAUUGAAGUGAAAUACAAAAUGGCUGAAUGUUAUACAAUGCUAAAACAAGAUAAAGAUGCCAUUGCUAUACUUGAUGGGAUCCCUUCAAGACAAAGGACUCCCAAAAUAAACAUGAUGCUGGCGAACCUGUACAAGAAGGCUGGUCAGGAACGCCCUUCAGUCACCAGCUAUAAGGAAGUGCUGAGGCAGUGCCCGUUAGCCCUCGAUGCCAUACUAGGUUUGCUUUCCCUUUCUGUAAAAGGCGCAGAGGUGGCAUCGAUGACAAUGAACGUGAUCCAGACUGUGCCUAACUUGGAUUGGCUUUCUGUGUGGAUCAAAGCAUAUGCUUUUGUGCAUACUGGUGACAACUCGAGAGCAAUCAAUACCAUCUGUUCACUAGAGAAAAAGUCCUUAUUGCGAGAUAACGUGGACCUGCUGGGAAGCUUAGCAGAUCUGUACUUCAGAGCUGGAGACAAUAAAAACUCUGUCCUCAAGUUUGAACAGGCACAGAUGUUGGAUCCUUAUUUGAUAAAAGGAAUGGAUGUAUAUGGCUACCUCCUGGCGAGAGAAGGGCGGCUAGAGGAUGUGGAGAACCUUGGCUGCCGCCUUUUCAAUAUUUCUGAUCAGCAUGCAGAACCCUGGGUGGUCUCUGGGUGUCAUAGCUUUUAUAGCAAACGCUAUUCUCGGGCCCUCUAUUUAGGAGCCAAGGCCAUUCAGCUGAAUAGUAAUAGUGUUCAAGCUUUGUUACUUAAGGGAGCAGCACUUAGAAACAUGGGCAGAGUCCAAGAAGCAAUAAUCCACUUUCGGGAGGCUAUACGGCUUGCACCUUGUCGCUUAGAUUGUUAUGAAGGUCUCAUUGAAUGUUACUUGGCUUCCAACAGUAUUCGUGAAGCAAUGGUAAUGGCUAACAACGUUUACAAAACUCUAGGAGCAAAUGCACAGACCCUUACCCUUUUAGCCACUGUUUGUCUUGAAGACCCAGUGACACAGGAGAAAGCCAAAACUUUAUUAGAUAAAGCCCUGACCCAAAGGCCGGAUUACAUUAAGGCUGUGGUGAAAAAAGCAGAACUACUUAGCAGAGAACAGAAAUAUGAAGAUGGAAUUGCUUUGCUGAGGAACGCACUAGCUAAUCAGAGUGACUGUGUCCUGCAUCGGAUCCUAGGAGAUUUCCUUGUAGCUGUCAAUGAGUAUCAGGAGGCAAUGGACCAAUAUAGUAUAGCACUAAGUUUGGACCCCAAUGACCAGAAGUCUCUAGAGGGGAUGCAGAAGAUGGAGAAGGAGGAGAGUCCCACGGAUGCCACUCAGGAGGAGGAUGUGGACGACAUGGAAGGGAGUGGGGAAGAAGGGGACCUGGAGGGCAGCGACAGUGAGGCGGCCCAGUGGGCUGACCAGGAGCAGUGGUUCGGCAUGCAGUGAGGCAGGCGGCAGCUCUGUGGCCACACUGGCCUGCCCUGCUCUGAGCACUUCUGUGGACUGAAGGAGCCCGGAGGAGCCCGCUCUCUGGGAGGACAAUGAUUCCGCAUGUAAUUGCAGCAGGGGUCUCUACCCCUUGCUCCAUAUUUCUAGUAGUGAAUUCAUUUUUAAAAACUGAGCCUGACCGACCUUCCAUAUACCUCUGUCCUCCCCUGCUCCAGUCAGGGAGGAUCGAGUGAGCUCUCUGGGAGGCCUGCAGAUGUGCCAGGGCUUCUGGGACAGAGUGCUUUUUAUAUAACUAAUUUCUAAAUCUGAAAGCUUGAGGAAUAGACAGUUUUGUCUGUGACAUUGUGGGUGAGUUUAAAGGAGUGACCUAUCACCCAGAGCAAGAGUGUCCUCUCCCAUGUCAGACAGCAGCAUGGGCAGGCCCUUUCAGAGAGGGUUUCCUGUUCCGGAAAUCAUCAUCCUGAGCUGUCCAAACUUCCCUAGUAACCUUGCUUCCUUCUGCAAUGUUAGUAAUGCCUUAAGCUGACAGUUGCUAUUUUGCAGAACAAUUUUCCUAUUUGCUAAUCUGGUAACUUGCCUAUGAGCCUGGGCCGGAUCUGAGAAGUGGGUGUGACCUAGAGCAUGAACAAAGGCACACCUGGGGUAAUUAACUAAUAAAACUGUUUUUUGUACAGUAAUGGUGUUGGGUUGAUCACAAUGGAAGCCCUUUAUAGAUUCUUAUUUUGGGGGGGGGGUCUCUGAGUCACAAUGCAUUGAUUCAGCCCCAGAAUUAUUUGCCAUAAAUACACUCCCUUUCUUCCCAGAGUGUUGGGAGCCAGGAAGAUUGGGAACUUUGGGUAACACUGCGCUGGUUCAUCUGUUUGCAUUUUUGAUUGGUUAAAUUCCCCUGGGGGAGAGAGUCUUUGGCCUGAUUGUAGCUGGUUCUGCCCAGUUCUGUCGAGGGCACUAAACAAGUCGGUGUCUGGUUACAGCAUUCUGUCAUGGGAUCAGCAGGGGGUGCAUUCCCUGGGCUUGGUGCUGGGAGAUUUUACCCUACCCUCUUGUUUCUUAAGAUGCCAUGCUUUUCACUGUAUCCUUAACUUGGAGGUGAAGAUGAGGAGAAUGGCACAGUUAACCCCAAAUACUCACUAAAACAAAAUUAGUCAAAGGUGAUACAAAAUGUGAUUUUGAUAUAAAUGGAAAGUUCUGUCCAAAGUGUAAAAACAGUGGAAGUGUGCAGUAGUUUAGGAGCUCAGAACAUGGUAACUACAACUUCAAGUGGGCAAAAAUGUUAUUGUUUGAGUAUCUUUCAGUAUGAGACACAGAGCCUGGGCAGCCACCAUUUGAUCAAACAGUGUUUAAAGAGUCCAGCUUGCAGUUGGGGUCGUUCCCGGUGAGCAUGCUGCCGGGGAGAAGACACUGCUCAUUGGCCUCGGUGCUUGCUCUGGAUGUAGCUUCAUGGCCUUCGGCUUCCUCUUAGCAGCUGUUACAAGUCAGUGCGUUGGGAAGGAAGGUGAAACCUCUUUGCCAUUUCCCUGGCUUGGGGAAGAAGCCCAGCCACACCCAGCCUACAUGUUGCCGCAUGCCAGGCUUGUCGCUGUUAACCCUGAGAUUCCCAUGGGGUCAGGAUGUGCCUUGGAGCCCACGCCCUGUGUAUUACCUUCUGUCAGCAUGUUCCUCCCCUUUCCUGGGCUGGCCCUCAGCCCUGCUGCUGGGAUCUGGAUCAUCCCAGACCCCUCCAUCCUGGCAACACCCUGGGCUGGAUCCCUCCUACCCCUCCGAUCUGCAGCUCCAGCAUUUCUAUCCUGACCAUGUUAGGGUCAAAACUGGGUUGGAAGAGGCAACUGAAGCUACAUUUUUUAGCGCACCUGAUGCAGGAUUGAAGACACUCUUGGUCCACAUCAAAGAAGGGAGGAGGGUGCUGAAGAUCUCACCUGGCAUUGCUACUGUCACUUGGUCUCACAAAAAAAACCUCAUAAGGGCAGGGAGCCCCAGGAAGCAGGAACAGAAUCAGGCUGCCCAGCUCUCUGGCUGUCCCAGUGAGCCACCUUCCAGGAGACGAAGCUUCUUGACCAGGGAUGGGCUCCCAAAUGCCUGUAGUCAACCAUGGGUACCCUCUGGUGUCUGGAGUUUCACACACCAAUAAGGAAGAGGAUGUUUUAACUAAUCCUAUCCUUUCCCUCCACCAGUUUGGAAUCAGUCUAGGUUCUUUAAAAGUCCCUGCUCUCCCACUGUCAGAGCUGCAGGUCAGGGGCUGUUCGCUUCCGUGGCCUGAGCUCCAAUAGCUUCAGGACUGAGGAUGGAAUCAGCCCACAAGGAGUUCAGUAUGGUGCCCAUUGUGUAUCCCAUUACCUUUACCAGGGUAAAUGCCAGACUGCCAGUCUUUCCCUUAGGAAUUGAGGAUUGGUGGUAUCACUCUGAAGCUUUCUUGUCUUUUUUCUCCUGGAGGUCCCUCAGCUAAACAAGGAGGCAGGGUCCUAAGGAAGGGUGCUCCUUGCCCCCUGUCUUGGGUGUUCACACUGAACCCUUGCUGUAUGCCAGGGAUCUGGCAGACAUGGCCCCUACAGGGUUGAUGACAGGAGCUCUCCUUCCCAGCCUUAGUUUGGGAGCCAUGCUCCUGCCUCUGAGUUCUUCCUCGGAGAAUGAGACCAGCUUUUGCCAAAAUCUGUAAUUCUCAGAUGAUGCAGGUUACCAGGCACAGCAUCAAACCUGAAUCCAAAUCCAGGGCUCAGGCCCAGGAAUCUGCAUCUUCAAUCACUCCCACCUUGAUUUCUUUUUCGGAUGCAGGCAUUUUGUGGUCCAAAUAUUGAGAAACCUGGGGGAGGGGACUUGAGGGUCCCAGAAGCUGUAGGCUUGACCUCAGAAGGCCUGUGGGGGCCUCACUGUACAGCUGUCUGACCAGGUUUUUGGAGGCCAUGCCCAGACCUGAGGCCACAGGCUCUGCCUGCUGCAUGGUAACUGUAUUCUCCGUUGGCUACAGGCAGUGAGGCCUGACUCAACACGCACCUCACCGUGGCCUCCGGGGACCAUGGCCUUGACCAGGCCAGCCAGGAAUCCCUGGCACUGGGAGGGCACAUUGAGGUAAGUGCCUCACUAAGGUUUUCCACUUUUCUCUGGAGCCUCUCCGCCCUGGGGCAGUGGACAGAGGGGAGGGGGUGGUACACCAGCCGCCACUUUCCCUCUUGGGGCACAAAAUGGCAGGCUUCUGGUGUCUCGAUGCUUCUGAGCUGCUCCGGCUGCGCCACUAGACAGGGCCAAGGUGUAUGGGCUUUUUUCCAGAUUACUGUGGAAGAUGUUGGGUGUUGGCAACACAGAACACGUCACUUAUUUCACAAAUCACAUAGUAUCAGCAAUACCAGGAACAAGCCAGAAACCACUAAGUCGGUCUCCUUAGCAGCCAUUAAAACAGUUUAAAAUUAAGAGUACCCUCACGCAUUGUUGGUGGGAAAGUAAAAUGAUAGAGCCAUUGUGGCCAUUGUGGGGAAAACAGUCUGGCAGUUCUUCAAAAGUUUAAACAAUUACCAUAUGAUCCAGCAAUUCCACUUCUGGGUACAUAGCCAAAAGAAUUAAAGCAGGAUCUUCACCAGAUACUUGCACACCCUUGUUCAUAGCAACAUUCUUCACAACAGUGAAAAGGUGGAAACAACCUAAGUAUUAUAUUGUGGAAUGAAUGGAUUAACAAAAAUGCAGUGUGUGUGUGUGUGUGUGUGUGUGUAUGUACACACACACACACCCACACAAUGGAAUACAAUUGAGCUUUAAAAAGGAAGAAAGUCCUAUCACAUGGCACAACAUGGAUGAACCUUGAGGACAUGCUAAGUGUAACAAGCCAGGCACAAAAGAAGAAAUACUGUAACGUGAUCCCUGGAGAAGCCAAAAUUCAUAGAGACAGUGGAAUGUUGGUUAGAAGUUGGGCAGGGAGCAGGGAUAGGGAAUUAGUGUUUAACAGGGAAAGGUUUCCAUUUAGAAUGUUGAAAAGCUUCUGGAGAUGGAUGGUGGUGAUGGUUGCACAACAUGAAUGUACUUAAUGCCACCAAACUGAAAAAUGGUUAAGAUGGUAAAUUUUAUUUAUAUCUAUAUAUAGAGAGAGUUAUAUGUAUAUAUGUAUGUAUGUAUGUAUAUACACACACACAUAUGUACUAUGUAUAUAGACACUUUUAUAUGUAUGUGUAUAUAACUAAAAACCAGUAAAGAAAUGGUCUAUAAUUCUGUCGUCCAGACAGCCCCAUUAACACAUGUAUUUGUAAUUAUAUAUGUGUUAUAUGAAUGUACACAUAAUUUUAAAAAUUCAAAGAAAGGUAUAAAAUUAAAAUCUACCCACUGAAUCCCAGUGCCUCUCUACAAAAUAAAUGUUCUAGUUCUACCUUUAGAAAAAUA